CCCCGCCGUCUAGGGGUGGCGUGUGUGACCGGCUCGCGUGCUGGGUGGUGGGGCGCUUUGUGCAGGGGUGGUGGCAGCCUUGAGUGACAAGCGUGCGCGCCCCCUCCCCCCGGUGGAGGGUGCGUGCCUGCGUACGGGAGUGGGCGGGGGGCGCUGGAGCAAGGCGCCUGACAGUACCAGUUGAAAGAUGGAUGAUGACGACUUUGGAGGAUUUGAGGCAGCAGAGUCCUAUGAGUGUGGAAAUGGUGAAACACAGACUACAUCUCCUGCUAUUCCUUGGGCAGCAUUUCCUGCAGUAUCUGAAGUCCAUGCAUCUCAGAAUGUUUCUCCGGAUGUUCUGCUGGAGCACUCUGUGCCUUCUUCCUGCCUUGUUCCUUCUGACCCGUUCGCUUUAUCAAAUGAUAACGUGGCAACAGCUGUUCAGACAGCCAACAGUGUUUUAAACGCAGCUGUUCUUAAAGAACAGAUUCAAGAAGAUAUUCCAGUUGCCUCUUUGAAUCUAAUUGAAGACAAGUCUUUAGUCACAUCAACCAUUGCUUUGCAUGAUGCUGAGAUACAGAGAACAAAAGAAUCAAAGAAUGACCUUCAACAAACUGUUGCAAGCUUAGAAAUUAAACUUGGCACUGCUGAAGAAGAAAAAUUUAUCAUUAAAAAGGAAUUAGAAUAUUUACUGGAGAAACAUAGUAUUCUAGAAAUGGAUUUCUUGAAGGAAAAAAAGGAAAAAGGCAUUUCGCAUCAAGAUGAUUACAAGAUGCUUCAGGAAAAGCAUAAGCAGGAGUUAGAAGACAUGAGAAAAGCUGGACAUGAAGCCUUGAGUAUUAUUGUUGAAGAAUUCAAGGCGUUGCUGCAGUCUACAGUUCAACAGCAAGAAGCAGCUAUUGAAAAACAGUAUAUACUGACAAUUGAAAAACACUCUCACAAAUGUGAAGAACUUCUUAAUGCUCAGCAUCAGAGACUUCUUGACAUUUUGGAAGCAGAGAAGGAAGUGUUAUCAGAAAAGAUAGAAGAAGCUUUGCUGCAACAAUCACAAAAACAUAAGGAAGUGCUUGACAAAUGUUUGGAUGAAGAAAGGAAAAGAAGUAAGGAAGCUCUGGCAGCUGUGGCAAAGGCUGAAAAAGAAGUAGUGCAGGAGGCUGUUCUGAAAGCAGUAGAGGAGGAAAGGAGAAAUGUGGAGAAGAUUCAUGCAGAAGAAAGAAAAAUGUGGGAAGCAGAACGUGACACACACAAAGAGAAGAUUGCCCAGGCUGUUUUGGAAGCCAUGCAAGAACAAAGAAAACAUAAUCAAGAAAUUGUCAAGGAAGCAUUAAUGGAAGAGCAAAAACGUAGUCAAAAGGCAGUUGAAGAAGCUGUGAAAAGGACAAGGGAGGAACUGAUGGAAUAUAUUAAAGAACAGAAAAGGGUCUCCUGCCAUGUGGUUCCCGAAGGAAGUAGCAUUGCAGCAUUGCAGAGAACAGAAAGAGGGUGGAGCAACUAGCCCAGCAGCAUUAGAGACCAACCUCCCACGUAGUACUUUGCAAGUGUAUUGUUCUGACAACAUGCAGAGAAAUAGAUCAGUAAAUCCAUGCAGCAGAGGAUGCACCUAAUGCUGGUGAUUCAGAAACAAGGUAAACUGCCGAAUGCUGGAGCUGAGGAUUUUAUAAUAAUAGUAAAUGCAAACAAAAAAGGUAGAGAGUAUUCAGCACUGAAAUUGGACCUCCGGUAAUAGAACUUGUCUAAGUGGAUACCCACUCCAGUCAUGUCAAUGGGACCAGAAAAUCAGUGCGAGUCUCCCAGGGGUCUUUCCUCAUCUCACGGCUUGGUGAUUGUCAGCAAGAGCUAGAAGCAUAAGAAUGGGUCAGGGCAGGGAAAGAGAAAUAAAAUAGCCUAGAGAAAGAAACUGGUGUUCAGAGGUAGUGGUGAGGAAAGAAUGGACAUGGGAUGGAGCAGGCCUGCCUUCCUAAGGGUACGCUUGCUUAGGGGAGUCCCAGCAGCAUAAGAUAAGCUUGUGGCAGAAAGCUGGGUGAACUCAUCUAGCACUCAGAUGCUGAUGUCAUAAAAACAAUUUUGGCAUCCCAAGCGUUAGAAGACUAGAGAAGAGGGGAAGACAGAGUAAGGGGGGAGAGUGAGGCAGCCAAGAAAAGAGGAACCAAUAACAUUCGGAGCCAACACCAGAGAAGUCACGGAAGUCAGGACUGAACGAAACACCACACUGCAAGGGUGAGAUAAUGAGGAUCACAGACAGAGGCAGUGAGGUGAGCGAUGCAAAAAAAAAAAAAAAAAAAGCAGUGUUUAGUGAGAAAAAGUCUGGAGAAGACUAAUCAGAAAGAAAAAUGCACAUAGUGACCAUUUAGAGACAGAAAUAUGGGGUUAGAGUGGGAGUGGGAGAGGGAGAAACCAGGAGGAGAGGGUGAACUUCUGUGUAACAGUUGCUUCCACACGCACACUAUUAAAGUUGGACAGUGGUGCUGAAAAAGAUUUAAAUAGAGUUGAUUUCCUGAGCUUGUAAUGAGUCCGGGCACUUUGGGUUUGGCUGAAUCUUUUUUCCAUUUUUGGGGCUUUUUUUCCACAGGAAGAAGUAAAACAUUUUCAAACCAACUGUAGUUCUGGUCCAAAUCAGUUUUAAGGUUCUAGUUUGGGAAUAUCAAAUUCUCACAAGCCUUCUCAUUAGAUUAUGGCCCAGCAAAGAUUGAGAUAUUUCUGUAAUCUUGAUUGGGGCCCAAAAUUUCUUUCUGCUUUUGAGCCUGCUUUCCAACCAGUGCUGCUAAGGUGUGUUUGAAUCAGAAGAUUAGACUCCAAGCAGCUGUUUUUCUCUCUCCUUUGUCUUUUCUCUCCUUCCACUGUCCUAAUCCCUACCACUUGCCAAAGUUUCACUCCCUCCUGUCUCUACCUCAUUGCCAAAAAAAAGAAAAACAAAAACCUCACAGCUCACCCUCCUUUUUUUUUUUUUUUUUUUAAUAAGAUCAGAUUUUGAGGCUUUGGUUUUGACUCAUGUCUAAAUGAGGUAAAAAACACUCAGCUGUUUUUCCCAGUCUUAAAACCUGAUGUUGCUUGGGGUUUGUGGUAAAAAGGAGAUUAAUGUCCUUGUGUAUUCCCUAUAACAAACUUUUUUCUUCUUCUUCUUCUGUUGCAUUCAGUUUUUGUAUUGGUUCUGGCCACUGCUGGAGACAGCCUACUGGACGAGAUUGAUAGCUGGUAUUAAGCCAAGAUGUUUUUUCUGAUGUUCUUAAGUGUUCCUGCUAACUUCUGUUUUCUGACAUUUUCUUGGAUUGCCACGGUACAAUGCUCUCAAGCAUAAAUAAAAUUGUUUGUUUGAUUUUUUUUUUUUUCAUCUACUGUCAAAAUACUUCACAAGGUCAUCCCUCAGCUUUAAAGGCAGGAAGUGUUAGAUAAACAUGCACAUACAGAGAUACACAUUCAUUUGUGGUAGAUGUCAGAUUGAGCUAAUCAUGCAAUCUCUUUGGGAAGCUGUAGCUGAAGGCAGAAGAGAAGCUCUGCAUAUCAAAGAGUCAAAGUGAGUUGAGUAGUGACUCAGUAAGUAGUCAUUGUAAACAAAUUAAUUUGUGCCUCAGUUUACUUGACUGCAAAAAGUAUAUAAUGUGCCCCUUGAUGAUCCCUAAAGUGUUUCAAGGCUGGAACAGUAUUCUGAGAACGAACUGAUGUGCUUUCUAAUUCAGGUGACUAUUGAUAAGCAGAAUUGUGACUAUCUCCCUCGAGAAAUGAACAAAUUUGUAUUUGGAAAGUUGCCAUUCCCAACAACAGUGUGCCCAAAACAUUCUCCUUCUCUGUCAUCUCAGUUCAUUCAUAAGGGACUUUUUGUUUAUUUUCUGGAAAAUGUGAAGCACAAAACAAGCAUGAAGCAAAAUAAUUUGCUAAUGAGUGCUAAAAAAAAGUAAAACAGCCAGAAUCUUUUUUAGGAAACUUUUCCACUGUCAAAAAUUCUGCACCUUCUUUUUAUGGGGGUAGGUAAAAAGGAAGGAGUUUGGCGGAAGGGGGUGUUAAGUUCUACGUAGAUGUAAUGAUUAAAUGCCAGCUUUGUGUCUUUUUUUUUUUUUUUUUUUGGCCUGCUAGGAGCUAUGUACCAUGGAGAUAUAUAAACAAGAAGUGAUCAAUUAUUCAUGCAAAAAAGAGGUUUCAUGAAUCACAGGAAAACGGUAAAUUAUGUGGAAAAGCACAUUUCACACUCUAUUCAGGAUAUAAUUAUGACAACUAAAAAUGGUUAUCAUAACUAUGCAGAUUCUUUUUAGUAAGAUUUGAGUAUGGGUGGGAGAAAGGGUUGUGAUAGGAUAAGAUCUGCAAUAAAACCUUUCUGUUGUUUUUCAGGAGCAAAAACACUACCUUAGCUGCCUGCUCCAGUGUGCCUCAUUGAAGUAUGUGCCAAGUGUGUAAAUGCAACCCUGGAGGACCUGGCAAGCCUGCAGGAGGUCAGGCCCUGAAGCGCAUGUUGUUUGUUAGCAGCAGCUCUUGCAGAACACUGAGGGUGGGAGCAGUGCCCACAGUUAGCAGAAGAUGAAGUAACUAUUAAAUCAAUGCAGCAUCUCUGUCCACAAGUGUGUUUUUGCUUCUUUGGUGGUAUGUUUUAAGGGACGAUUUUUUUCAAGUAUAGCAGAGGAAUAUACUACUAGAAGGCAACCUGCAGUGUUUGGAUUGUUCCUCACUUCAGAGAUAUACGUUCCAGCCUCCUGCACUGAACUCUGCUGGCAUUAACUCCUUCUCACUCUUUUAGCCUGAUCCUGCGAUUGCCUCUGCCUGAGGACAGAUUUGUACUACAGUCCCAUUGACUUCACAUGGUGCACAUAUUCACUAGCUCUAGAGAAGGCUCUAGGACUGGGAAGCUAAUGCUAGCAGAAAGCUUUUAGGUAGCAAAUUAGUACUUUCUUUUGCUUUUGAUAAAAUCGCAUCAGUCAAAACCGGUAUUUACUUUCAUUGCCCAGUUCUGCAUGGUUUCAUGAGCUACAUUCUAUAGAAAGCUAUCAUAUAUUUCUUUCCAUGUAUGCAUUUGGCUAAUAAUGGCACAUAGUCACAUCAGACUCUGUAGCAGAGAACAUACCAUCUCUUACGUCGUCAAACUGUUUGGUUCUCAGGCACUUUGCCAGUUCAUAGCAUUCUGCUAGCCACGGAGAUUGCUAUGCUUGUCUGAAAUGCUUUGUUACAGAAGCCUCUUUGAGAAACAUUUUCUGUCUGCUGAUUGGAAAGUCAAGUGGUGACUGUGAUACAACAGAGUUCAUGGUUCUGAAAGUGUCACUCCACUGACCUAAUAGGGAAAACUGGAACACUGUAGCAAGGGCUUUAAUAAAGCCUUUCCAUUGGCAUCUAGUACCCAUGAGAAUGAGCAUGUAAGACUUGAGUUACCAUUAUUUUACAUGAAAUGAUGAAGAGAAGGGGAAUGACUUUAGUUUUAAAUCAGAAUGUCAGGACAAGUGACUUAGUAACAUCAAGUUUCUGGACUGGGGAGCCCCUCAUAGUGAAAAAUUCACGUGCAGAAAUCAAGGCACAGAGAACUAUAUGUAGAAAGGAUAGUCAGAAAGCUGCCAAAGUUCAUGGGCCCUGCUUUCAAGGUGCUUUCAGUGGCUGCACUUUUUUCUCAUUGCUUUGUGCACUGGAUGACCAGCCAUGAUUUUGAACAGUAGGGUUAAAGUUGCUCCUAUCAAAGGAAAUGAAUUGACAGUUCUCAACAGAUGUGUUUUCUAGCUACUUUUCCCAGGAUCAAAUGAUUCUACAAGGUGCCAGUGACUGAAGAAGCAGGCUCCUGAUGUGACCUCCUUUGGACUGAGAUUAAGUGAUGAGAAGGAGCUAGAAGAGGGCUGGCUUGUGCUAGAUGGGAGGAGCUUUGCUGCUGAAAAUAUUUCUCACAUUAGUGGUGCCGACUGCUACAUCAUGUCACAAGUAGGGUGAAAAGGAGCCAAGAUGUCCACUGGUCCCUGCUAUACUUUUUGUUCACUAUCAUCAUUCAUCAGGUGCUGUGUCACAUAUAAUAUUUUCCAUCUGUUUUUGGCCAUAUGGUCUGGUACUGCUCAACAGCAGAAACCUGUUGAUUCUGGACUGCUGGCUACUACUGGCUGGCACACCUAACUGUAGGGUGACUUAACUGUGGUGGAAGACAGACAGAAUUGUUUCCAGUGUACACCUAAGGAGGCCCUCUCCAUAAAGCAAACAUUGAUUUUGGAGGGGUAUUUUUUUUUCUACCUGUCUGCUGCCAGCAGGCAGUAAAUAGGAUCCCUAUACUUUUCCCUGUUAAUGCUUACUUGCAUUGAAAUUCAUCAGCAGCCUUUAAGCCAAUAGAAGUUUCUGACCAUUGCACACUCUUAAGAACAAAGGAGGCCCAUACCCAUUGUUAUGGACCACUUAAAAUGAGCUAAGGCACUGGAGACAACACCGAAGUCCAUGGGUGGCCGAUGACUGUGGGUUCACUGGGUUCAUCCUGCUUUAUGGACUAACUCCCACUGUUAUAAAUCAUGAACGUAUGAAUUUCUUCCUGGAGCAACUUGUUUUCUUGGGGUUUUUUUGGAAACUUUCAGUAACUGCACUGACCACAGUCUCUGCUGCUGAACUUGCCGUAACUGAGGAUCGCUCAUGAAUGUUUACUCUUAACAGUGUGUGAUUUCCCGUUGUAAUUUCUGAAUCACAUUCUGAAUGGCCAUGCUGAUACUAAAGUGUCAUAAAUACACUUCUAGAUAAAAUACUGGUAUCUCAGACAUGACCAACCUCUCUAGAGUCAGCAUGCCACAGGUCUGAGGCACCCCCAGCCUGAAACAGACCUGGACAUCCUGCCCCCUGCCAACACCAAUUUUGCUUAAGAGCACCAAAAUAUUUAAGAUGGAAAACAAUCUAUUUUUAGAACAAUCAAGCAGUCACUCAGGAUAUUAUUUAUGUUUAAAUUAAAACCAGCUUUUAGGCCUUCAGCUUGUCCAAAAAGCUAAUGUUAUUUAAGGAGGAGAAAAUGUUUGCAAUGAUCUAAACAAUUAUUUGAACCUGGUAUUAUGCACUGGGAGGAAACAGCAGCAUCCUGCAAUGGCUUCUCCCUUUAAAAAGUUGGAGGAAAAAAAUGGUUAAAUGUGCUAUCCAUUUAUUCAAAAAUGGCUACCAGGACACGGUUUACAGAAGUCACAUGUUCUUUGUGGCAGAGCAAUAGUUAAAGGAUUGCUUGGGCUGAGUCAAAUGCCUAGUGGUGCCUGUUUGGAACAUUUUCCUUUGAGUCACUUUGUUUGAAAUGUAAUAAAUGGCUGGUCGAUCUGUUGUUAGA